AAACAUGUUAUUUAAAAUUAUUAAAAUAGAUAAAUGUGUUUUAGUGUAAUUAUUCAGUAAUUAUGCAUUCUUCCCUGUACUUUUAAUUAGGGAAUCUGCACUUUCUCCACUCCGGUGGUAAAUUGUCCGAAUUUCUUCAGAUUUACGUGUGUGGUAGACUUGUUUAUGCACUCUUUAAAGGUUAACUCUAAAAAUCCUGCAAAAAUAAAAGAAUUCUGGUUCCAAUGGUUGUCCUUUGUUAAUAAACUGUUAAAGAAAAACUUACUCUUUACGAUGCAUAAACUCAAAUCGUCGCAAAGAGAGAAAGUUAAAAAAUUUAUAUCCUUUACUCAGACUGGUGAGAACACAGCAAUCUAUUGCCUGACUCAGAACGAUUGGAAGUUGGACUUGGCCAGUGACAAUUACUUUCAAAACCCUGAUGCCUAUUACAAGGAACCUCGGAGUGUAGACAAAAAGAAACUGGAAUCUUUGUACAGCAAAUAUAAAGAUCCCAAUGAACCAGAUAAAAUUACCGUAGAUGGAAUCAUGAAGUUUUUAGAUGACUUGGGUUUGCCUCCCGAAUCUAAGCUUGUACUUAUAGUUGCGUGGAAGUUUAAGGCCGCCACGCAGUGCGAAUUCACCAGGGAUGAAUUCAUUAAUGGCAUGACAGAAUUAGGUUGUGAUAAUAUUGAUAAAUUAAAGGCUAGAUUGCCGACGUUAGAAAACGAGUUACGAGACAGUUAUAAAUUUAAAGACUUUUAUCAUUUUACGUUUAACUACGCCAAAAACCCGGGGCAAAAAGGCCUAGACCUUGACAUGGCAAUUGCUUAUUGGAAUAUUGUACUAAAAGGAAAAUUCAAGUUCCUUGACCUGUGGUGCACGUUUUUACAGGAAAAUCACAAAAGGUCCAUUCCCAAGGACACAUGGAAUCUGUUGCUAGACUUUGCUCAACAAAUUGCUGAUGAUAUGAGCAAUUACGAUGAAGAAGGUGCUUGGCCAGUGCUGAUCGAUGAUUUUGUAGAAUGGGCCACAACAAAGGCAAAAGAAAACCAAGUACACAGUACUAGCAAUCUUGAUUAACUUUAUUUAUUCAAAGAAUCAAGUGACAUUAAAAAAUCAUUAUUUCAUGUAAACUUGCUGGCAACUUAGUUUAUUACAUUACAAUAGUUUUAAUUGAAUUUGAUGUCAUUUGGUGUUAAAUUUCUUUAUAUUUAUUAUAGAUAAUUAAACAUGUAUAUAGC